UGGUAACUGGCGGACGACAGACGUCUGUCCAGCCGCAGAGAGAAGACUCGGAGCCGCUGAGAGCUGCGCGUCCUCGCCGGUGACCCGGGUGAGGCAGCUCGCUGUCUCGGCCUCCUUGCUCGCCCCGCUCCUCCUGCGCGGCUUCCUCUUCCCGCCCGCAGCUUUUCCUGCUCCCCGUGUGGUCCCCGCGCGCACCGAAGUGCUCUUCCUGCCCAGGGUCCAGGCCCCGGCCCUCUGCCGCGGUAAAGGCAACCGACGGCUGCAGUUGUAAUGGCCACCAGUCCAGGAAGUGACGUCGUUUUUGCCAGUCAAAAAUCAGUGCCUUCAGAGAGCCUUCGAACAAAGAAACUUCCACUAACUGAAGAGGAGGUAUUUUACAUGAAUUGUAGAGCUGCCUACUUAACUGUCUUCAAAAGCAGCUUAGAAAACAUUAUUUCUAAAGAUCAACUCUACCUAGCUCUUCAGCAUGCAGGAAGAAACCCAUCCCAAAGGACUGUUAAUAAGUAUUGGACUCCUCAAACUGCCAAACUGAAUUUUGAUGAUUUUUGUGUAAUUUUAAGGAAGGAAAAACCUACUUCAAAAGCAGAACUGCUAAAAUCAUUUAAGCAAUUAGAUGUAAAUGAUGACGGCUGUAUUUCACACACCGACCUUUAUAAAUUUCUAACAAAGAGAGGGGAGAAGAUGACUCCGGAAGAAGCCAAUACUGUAAUAAACUUGCCCGAUGUAAAUGCUAAUGGCAAAUUUGAUUAUAUUAAGUUUUGUAAAUUAUAUUUGACGACCAGUGGGCAGUGUCUCAAGACUGCACUAGAAAAGCUGCAAGUUGACAGUAAACUGAGGCGUCAACAGUUCGGAAGCCACAUGGAAGAGGGUCCUGAAAGGGACCUGUCGCCAGCUCCAAAACCUUCACCUAGAAUCCUAAGAAAAAGCGACCAGGAAGCGUUCUCAAAUAAAGGUGACGCUGGGGCUUCGGUAUUGUCAACAGCUAGAAAGUUCAAAGCCUCCGUCUCCUGCACAAUUUCCAUGGCCGCUAACGGUAACCGAAACUCAAAGUUAAUGGAGCCAAACCUAAAGGACUGGCCAUGCGUGCAGUCCCGAGGCUGCUUCUUCCUGGAGGACGACGGCGAGACCGUCAGCCACCAGUACCGGAUGCACAUUGCUCAGAGCUCCAUGGUCCACCUCACAAUUAAACCGCUAAACCUGAGUCAAGUCGAAGGAAAAGCAUCCCCUUGGUUAUCGGUUGAUACUGCCUUAUAUAUUCUUAAGGAAAAUGAGAAUCAAGCAAAUCUGCAGCUCAUAUGUUUUACCGAACUACGAAACAGAGAAGUGUUUGGGUGGACUGGUGAACUGGGGCCCGGAGUUUACUGGCUAAUUCCUUCCACCACGGGCUGUCGGCUGAGGAGAGAGAGAAAACCAGUAACAGAGGAAGCCCAGCUUGUCUGCAGAGACGAAACCGGGGAGUUGUUUCUCACGCAAGCAUUUAGGGCCGCUCUCUCAGACAUAUUCGAAGUGAUCGACUUGGACGGAAACGGCCUCCUUAGCCUUGAAGAAUACAAUUUCUUCGAGCUGAGAACAAGCGGUGAGAAGUGUGACGAGGACGCGUGGCUUCUCUGCAGAGAGAAUUUUGAUAUGAAGAAGAAUGAACUGACCAGACAAGGAUUUAUGGACUUGCACCUAAUGGAAGCCAACGACCGGGAAGGAGACCCCCGGGACCUCUGGGUGACGCUGCACUCCAUGGGCUACAGCAGAGCUCUGGAGCUGACAGAGGCAUGUCCGUUUGUCAUAGACCUCCAUGCAGAAAGAUGCAAGCCAAGGAUGAAGGCUGUCAGGAUGGAGGCGAGCAGGGGGCAGCUUGAGAAGGCCACUUGUCAGUCUGUCCUCCUCAAGGGCGAGGCCAGAGCCAUGGACGGCUAUGAAAAUAUCCUCAUCUACACUCACAGUUGGGACUUCCGGAUAACAUCAGUCAUUGAAAAUAAGUCAGAUGAUAAGGUGAUUAUCCACGUCAACAAUGAGCUGAGCGAGAACUGCAUCAGCAGCAGAGGACUCCACGUAUUUGCAGUGGAGGUGGCGCCACAGUCCGCCAUGGUUUGUCAGCAUGUCAUGCCUCGGAGUGAGCAGCAAGAAUGGACGCAUCGCUGUGUGUACUCCCUCGUACCCUAGCCAGUUCCAGGGGAGUCCUCACGCUGGGAUCGCUGUGUUAGAUUUAGUCUGUCACUUAUUUAUUAACUAUGUUUUAUUCAAUUUAACUGGUGUACCUUAUUAAUAAUCUGAUUUAUAUGCGUUUACAGUUACAUGUUGUAUAGUUUAUGAUUAAAGGAUAAAUCAUGUUUUUAAUCUGUGGCCUUAUUAACUUAGUUGGAAACCUAUGCACAUUUUGUUUAUGAUAGUAAGUCAAAAGAAAAUCACAGAUAAGCCUUUUAAAAGUACUAUUCAUUGAACUCUUCAAAAUCCUAUAUGCUUUUUUAUCUUAACUCAUAACAACUUAAAAGAAAAAAUAGAACUAUAAAAAUAGCCAUUUAAUUUUCCAAUCAUAAAAAAUUAAAACUUGAAGAAAUUAGUUGCCAUUUAAUGAAGUCAAAACCUAAUGAUAAUAGUGGAAACAUUUUAUAAAUUUUUAUUUGCCUGUGGACUCCUUUUAAUAAACUGUAUUUUGAAAUAAUGGAAAUUAAAUCUGUAGCAUUAAAUGAAAGAGUACAUGGCAUGAAAAAUAAUAUUAAACUAUUAGGAACUGUGUAUCAGUAACAGAAUGGUGGCCAGUCGGGUCAGCUUUUGAAAUAUGAAUACCAUAUGCAGGUAGGAUUUUUGUACCCAGUACAAGAUGGCACAUGGUUUAAAUGUCAUUUGGUUCUGGGGCCCUUGACUUAGAUAUCGGUAAAAUGGGUGGCCAUUAUAUAGCAGCUUGAACUCUUCACAUAAUGCAUCUGAGAAAAUAGUGAUGAAAUGUGAAACUGUUAACUGCCAAAUUCUUUAUAAAUCCAACAGAUGUAGCCCUGUAUUCUAUUUUACCAGGUACUGAGUUUUGGGAAAUUGUCUGCGAUGGUACAAAUAUAUAAUAAAGGUAUCUUUGCCCCAAAUCAUAAAGGCCAUUUUAUGAUUUGAUGACAGUGGACGUGAUGGUGUCACUGGAAUUCGGAGACCGGAGAGGGACACGAGCAGCGUGUGAGCCUCGGCCACUCCACUGGCGAGCUUAGAUUUCGAUAAACCCAGCCGUUCCUUUGCUGCCCUUUACUCAGGUUUCACAGUAUCACUUCUGUCAGGAGUAAAGACAAGGCAUUUUGUUUCCAGUUAAACUUUCUUCCAAGAAAAUGAAGACCCACGGGGGUCUAACACAUAAUGGCCAGGAGCUGGCUGCAGUUCUGGACCCAUAGGCACGUGACAUUUCAGGAAUUACCUGAAUACUGUGGUACUGGAAUAUCUC